GGUGAUUUUGUUUGGAGUGAUUCUUAGGAACCGUUAGUCCCAAAUGAAGCGACGAUAGAGAUGUUAAAAGUAUAUCGAAGAUAUCGAGAAGAACAAGGAGGAGGAGGAGUGGGGGAUGGACGGAGUCGGACGAUAUCGAUUGUAAGGACGAUGGUAGUCGAAGAACUCGAGGCGGUCUUACGGAGACAGAUGGCCAAGGAGUCCCUGGAUCUGUUAUUCUAUCUGUUGGAGUUAUUAGGCCUCUUCUCCGCCCGCUCGUCGGAUAAUCUGAUGACCGCCAAGAACCUGGCCAUCGUCUUCCAACCGGGCAUCAUCCAUCUUCCCAACCAUUCGAUCCCCGACACUCCUCAGCAUUAUCAAGCCAGAAAGCCCCAGUCCAUCUGUCCCACCCUCCACUCCUCUCUCGCCCAUUCACCCGACCUCGCCCACCAUCCUUCGUCUGCCACUCUCGUCCAUCCCAACUUGGGCCUCCAGGAAUAUCUCGGCUUGAUUGAUGAAGUCCAGGAAGUCCUCAGACUGCUCAUCGAACACUUCGCCUCCCUUCUCUCCGCCUCAAGAUCUCUCCUCCUGCCCUCCUCGCCUUCCCCCUCCUCAUCCUCCUCCUCCAAUCCUACUCCGAACUCCCACCAUCUUCCUACACUCUCCUUCCUGGAUGAUGACUAUCGACUCCUCCUCCUCGACUCGGACCAUUCCCUCCUCUCGCCUCCUCCCUCGUUCCACCCUCUUCUUCUUCCCAAUUCCCCUUCCCCUCCUCUUCCUCCGCAUUCUCCUCAUCCGCUCUCAUAUUCUCAAUCGCUUCCUCAUUCUCAAUCUCUCCCUAGGUUAAAUCAUCGUCAAUCUAAUCUUGUUUCUUCUUCUCCUUCCCCUAAUCCUCAUCAUCAUCAUCAUACUAAUCUGAUUCAUUCGUUCUCCUUUAUUCAUUCUGCUGAUGAUGGCGGCUAAACUCUUCUCAUCUUAUAACUUAUCCUUCUUUUACUUCACUUUCCUUGACUCAUUCCUCCCCUUCUUCUUGUAAUGAGAAUACAUGUAUGUAUACAUAUAUAUAUAUUUAUUUUUGAUAUUUAUGAUUAUUAUUGAUUUUUUUAUAUCAUUGCACAAAAAUGUAUAUAUACACAUCAAACUUCUUUUUUUUCUCAUAAAAAAACCUCACCAUACUCUACUUAUUAUAUUUAUAAUUUCUGGGUCUUCAUGUUGCUGUUCUCCACACCAUCCCUCCCUUCCUUCUUCUCCUUUCCCAAGCCUUCCACCCAAACAAAGCAAAAGGAAGAAACUCUGCUCCUCUGAAUGGUUGAUAUCUAUCCGUAUUUUUAUGUGUGUGUGUGUGCAUGUGUUGGUUUUGUUUAUAUAUAUAUGUUUGUGUUGUACUGUGUAUCUUCUCCAUACAACGUUGCUUCCUUUGUUUUUCUUGGGUGUUACAUUAACAUAUGUGUGUGUGGUGGGGGUGGGGGCAGAAGCAGGGGAAGAAAGCAUGUCAUGAGCAGGAAGGGAAGGGAUGGGAUACACUAUAGGAACAGAAAAUGUCAACAGAAGAGGUGGAGAGAAAUGGUUGGUGCGGGACUUAUGAAGAUGUACACUACAAACACUCACAUGCAUCUUCUUCUGCAGAUGGUUGAUGGAGUUCUGUGUGUUUUCUUUCUUCUUCUUUGUGUGGACCUUCUCAUGCAAUCAUCAUCAU